AUGACACCACCAUUCUGGACGGUCUUACUCCUUUGUUCUGUGCUGGUGUACGGCCAUGUCGCAAGCCCACAAUUUUCGUGCAAGCCACUGCCAGGAGAGCGACUUUGGCCAUCUGAAAACCAGUGGCAGGCACUCAAUCGCAGCACCUCGGGACGACUGCUCGUACCGAAGGCUUUGUGUGCCGUCUGCCAUCCAGACCUCCAACUCUACAACAAUGCAUCUUGUGCUGCUCUCAAGAGCAACUGGACGAAUUCGCUAUGGCAAGAGUCAAAUGCUUGGACAUCGAUGUAUAAUGACGAGACCUGCUUGCCAUCUGCGCGAACCCCGUGUUCGGCCGUGGGCUACCCAGCAUAUGUGAUCGAAGCCAGGACAACCGCUGACGUGCAAGCUGGCGUGAUAUUUGCACAAAACACGGGGGCCCGGCUGAUUGUCAAAGGCACUGGACACGAUGUAUCUGGGCGCUCGGCGGGUGCCGGAGCACUUUCGAUAUGGACUCAUCUCCUCCAAGGCAUCACGAUCAAUCGAGAGGACCCUGUGGCCACUAAGAGCGAUGGAGUAGCUUCCGUCAAGCUGGAAGCGGGAAUGGUCUGGGGCGAUGUGUACAAAGAGAUGGCCAAGGCCAACCUGACUGUCAUCGGAGGAGCAGAUCCACAUGUUGGUAUUGGCGGCUGGGUGCAAGGCGCAGGUCAUGGUCCGCUCUCGAGUCUCUAUGGACUGGGAGCCGAUCAAGUCUGGGAGAUGGAGGUCGUCACAGCGGAUGGCCAGUAUCGGGUUAUCAAUCCAAACUCCCAGUCCGACUUGUUCUGGGCGAUGCGAGGCGGCGGACCGUUAACUUUUGCCAUCAUGCUUUCUAUGACCGUUAAAGCAUAUCCCAAGCUGGCUGGGUAUGAAUAUGGCUUCCAGUUCAACACCACAGCAAGCUCGGACACCUUCUGGAGACUAGUUGCACACUUUUCGUCUAGAUUGCCUACAUUGAAUGACCAAGGGGCGAUGGGCUAUUACUACCUGGAGCAAGACGCCCGUCUUGUGACUCGUAGCGCAUCCGGCGCCGUGUAUGGGACUUGUAUAUUCCCGAACAAGUCGAAAUCCGAAGUCGAUGCCAUCACCAAGCCGCUUGAGGCAUCUCUACGAGCAGCCUCCUGGGCUGUAGAUCCAAUAUACGUGGGAUCGAAGACGACCAAAUUCGACAACUUCUUGGGCUUCUGGGCGGCGACCAAUGCUCCCGAGAGCGUCGGUACAAGCACUCGCUAUGUGCCUUGGCUCUUUGAUCGACCAUCGUUGGAGCAAAACUUGACAAAGCUUGAGAGCGUUUUCCGGGAGAGUACGCCUCUUCCAUGGAUCUGGGUCGGGCACUUGGUCGCUGGCGCUGGAGUUGCGAAUGCUCGACCAGCUGGUGGAUCAGAUGCGGUCUUGCCUGCAUGGAGAAGAGCAUACGCACAUCUUGUUCAAGUCCGCACAUGGACACCGCUAAACAUAUCUGAGGAGCAUGAAGAAACAACCGCGAUCCGUGAUCGAGUACAGCCUGCUUUACGCAGCCUUGCACCCACCUCAGGCGCAUAUGCAAAUGAGGGAGAUCCCAGCAAUCCAAAUUGGAAGGCCGAAUACUUCGGUACGAACUAUGAGCAGCUGCUAGAGAUAAAGAAGAAGUGGGAUCCUCAUGGCGUGUUCUGGUGUAAGCCUUGCGUCGGGUUCGAUGAGUGGGAUAUCGAACCUUUGGACAACAUUCAGGAGAAUGUGAAUGAUCGUGGCAUUGGGCAAGAUCACAUCAGGCUGUGUUGA